AUGACGACACCCCCUCCAUCUCCCACACAGGCCGAGAUUCCUUCUGAUGGGACGUCUAGGAAAACUAGACAAGCCACUCGGCUAAGAAGGUUGACAACAAGAACAUUGGAGCAAGCAAGGGCAACAGUCAAUGUGAAUCCAGCGACUGGUACAGGAUCUGGACCUCAUAAGGAUCAGUUUCACAGUUACCUUGGAGUUGUGGCACGAGACAAGAUUCCAAUUGUUCACGCUAGCUGGAAUGAUGUACCUGAAACACUGAAGAACAUGAUAUGGGAUAACAUAUUGGCAAAAUUCGACAUCCCCGAGGGUGAUAAUGCUAAAAAGAAGGUGAUGUCAACUGUGGCAACGCGUUGGAGGCAAUUUAAGUUGGCGUUGACAACAAAAUAUGUGUAUGGUAACACUGACGGCCAAGCAAAAGAUGAGCCUUUGGUUAAAUAUGGCAUUAAUGAAAAAGAUUGGGCCGAGUUUGCAAAAAUGAGGGGAGGCUAUGAGCUGCUAGAAAAAAAAUUAAUGGCUGAAAAAAGGAAGAUACGAGAAGAACAAGCAGCAUUUACUGAGGACCCUUCAUUGUACCUCCCACCAUCACCAAUUUCUAGACACGAGAAAUGGAAGAGUGCACGCACAAAACAAUAUGGCCAGAUGACAUCUCAAGCCGCCAAAGAAAUUGCUGACAAAAUUGACUCUUUGGAAGAGCAAAGCAGGCAGGGCAGCAUUGUGCCUUCGGGACGUGAUGAUAUUUUGAACAUGGCUAUUGGAAGACCGGAGCAUCCUGGUCGUGUACGUGGGGCUGGGAUAGGGGUUACAAUUAUGCAGUACUUUGGUCCAGCAUCGCGUCGGUCUACCACUUCAUCAAACAUCACUGUAGAACAGUUGGCUGAUAUAAUUGGUAACCUAAAAGAAGAAUGGCAAAGACAGGUUGAACAAGAAAACAUUAAAAGAGAGGAGGUGUGGAUGAGGAGGGUAGAAGAGGAAAAACAGCGCACUAUGGACACAUUUAAAGGACAAAUACAAGAAGCUAUCAAGUUGGAGUUGUCACAAAUUGCAUCACAACAUUCAGCCCCACUUCAGCCAAAUGAUAUACAAGUAUUAGCAGCAAGGGUAAGCACGAAGGGAAGCUGUGCAGCAACAGAGACAAAUGCAUUAGCUAAAAAACCCUCUAAGUUGAAUGGUGACAACGUCGGGCUGCAUGUAACUGCCGAGAACUCCAACAAAUUAGUGGCAGUGGGCAAACAGUGCGACAGUUUUGGCACCAUCCACAAUGUGCCCUAUGCUGAUGAUGUUGUUCCCGUGAGUAUGGUGGAAGUUAUUUUUGGUGAUGCGGAGGUUCCAAUCCCUACAUCAGAAAUAAAGUUUGUCAAAGAAGCUUUAGGUAGUUUUGUUCCAUGGCCAACACAUUUGGUCAAACCCAUCUUGCCUGAGGAAGCAGAGAAGGAUGUGAGCUCACCAUUGAAGACUGUUGAGGAGGAAAAGGUAGCUGAGGUUAUUGAUCCAUUGGGAGAGUUGGUGAAGAACUUGUUCGACAUUUACCAAAGGCCCGUUGAGGUGUCAUGGGAUGGUGCUAAAUUUGGGAUCAAUAAUGUCAAAGAUGGCUUCUUCAUCAUACACGCUGAUGUGAGCGAGAUAAUAUUAGGAGACAAGUGUUUAAACAUCUCCAUUCUACUGCUAUGGCUUAUGUUUAUUCAUGAUUGGAGUGCGAGCAUUGGUUAUGGAGCAUUGUAUGGGUUCCUUGAACCUCAGUGUAUCCACAAUGCAAGCAGUAGACGUCAAGAGUGUGAAAAUUACAUUGGAAGGUGGUUGAAGGAAGCAGGAAAACAAAUUUACAUAGCACCUUAUUUAAACCAGGCCCAUUGGCAGCUUGUUGUAUUGUGCCCAGGCGACAAUCUAGUGGUUUGGUUUUGUUCUUUGCGAAAGAAGCCGGAUGUUGCCAUCAAGGGUGCAGUAAACAGUGCAAUGAAAUCAGUCACCAAAACUGCAGAGGGAAAGCCACCUCAGCAUGGGCCUCAGUGGAUUGAAGCAAAGGUACAUGUAACUUCUGCUCAGGGUGGUGGUGACAAGGACUACAAGGAGGUACCCCCACCUCCUUUGUUUAAACCUGCAGGGGGACACAUCAACCAAGCUGUGACCUUCAAUAGAUCUUAUUACAAGAACACGUUUAUGUCAACGACGGUGCUGUAUCGUGACCGUAGUAGUAUUAACACCGUCUCUUACGACGGUCGUCCGCAACAAAACACCGUAGUAGUAAUAGGACCAUUCUACGAUGGUUCUCAGGAGACAACCGUCGUAGAACAAGAUUAUGUCUACGACGGUGUUGUCCCCAUGGCUGUCGUAGUCUUUCGUUACUUCUACGACGGGGCUGUCCGGCAGUCGUGUUAG